AUGCCGAUGAAACGGGGUCAUGUUUCGGCUCCUCAAAAUACAUUUAUUGAUACAAUUAUUCGUAAAUUUGACUCACAAAAUCGACGUUUUCUUAUAUCUAAUGCUCAAUUGGUUAAUAAACCAAUUAUUUAUUGUAAUGAUGCAUUUUGCGAAUUAACUGGUUAUUCACGUUCAGAUAUAUUACAAAAAUCUUGUACAUGUGAAUUUUUAUAUGGUAAUGAAACAAAUGAAAAAUCUAUUAAACAAAUUCGACAUGCAUUACAAGGGAGUGAUGAAAAAGAAGUCGAUAUUAUUUUAUAUAAAAAUACUGGCGUUAAAUUUCGAUGUUCAGUUCUUAUUGCACCGGUGAAAAAUGAAUCAUGCGAUAUAAUUCUAUUUAUACUUGAAUUUACAGAAAGCACUGAUUGUAAUCGUCAACGACGAAUACCUAAAAUUCAUGAAUAUUCUAUUAGUCCAACAAAUGGUAUACGUAAACGUUCAUGGUUACAAAUGUUGUCUCCUUUAGGAAAACAUAGACCAUCUCUAACAAAUGAUUUAACACCAGGAGAUGGAAGUGAAUUUGAAGGUUCUGGAUCAUCACCUGAUACAAGCGGUUAUAUAGCUUUGAAUCGUAAAAAUACAACAACAACAAUUCAUUUGGAUGAAACAAUCCCAACAACACCAAAAACUUUCCCUAUUGAUUAUAAAAUCAGUCAACAAUCAUCAAUAAGUUCAAAUAAUUUAUUAAAACCUGAUAGUAAUCCAUGGAAUACAAAUAAUAUUGAUGUCGAAUUAAUGAGAACUAAAUCUCAAAGUAUUAGUAAUAUAGCUGAAACUGUUAUUAAAAAAGAAACAAAAGAAUCAAAAGAUAAAAGUUCAUGUUUACCAAAUAUUCCACGUCAUAUAGCACAAAUUUUAUCAUUAGGUGAAGAUGCAGUACCUGAUUUUCGUUUACCUGAUAGUCGUCGUGUACCUCGUACAAUUAUUCUUCAUUAUUCUCCAUUUAAAGCAACAUGGGAUUGGUUAAUAUUAUUACUUGUUAUUUAUACAGCUAUUGUUACACCAUAUACAGCUGCUUUUUUAAUGCAUGAAGAUGGUCCAAUUAAACAACGUUCACGUCCAUCACGUGCAUUAAAUGUUAUUGAACUUAUUGUUGAUGUUAUGUUUAUAAUUGAUUUAUUAGUAAAUUUACGUACAACAUAUGUUAAACAUAAUGAAGAAUUAGUAACACGUGCAAGUAAAAUUGCAAAACAUUAUUUAAAAGGAUGGUUUUUAAUUGAUGUAACAGCAGCUAUACCAUUUGAUAUAUUAUUUUCAUUAAUACAAACAAAAGGUGGUGGUGAAUCAACAGUAUUAAUGGGUUUAUUAAAAACUGCACGUUUAUUAAGAUUAGUACGUAUUGCAAGAAAAUUAGAUCGUUAUUCGGAAUAUGGCAUAGGAGUUUUAAUUUUAUUAACUGCUACAUUUGCACUUAUUGCACAUUGGCUUGCUUGUAUAUGGUAUGCUAUUGGUCGUCUUGAACGAAAUACUCAUGGUACUGAAAGAACGAUUGGUUGGUUAGCUGAAUUAGCUAAUCAUACACAUCAGUAUUAUAAUGAUUCGGAUCCAACAUCUGGUCCGACGAAAACAUCAAAAUAUAUAACAGCUCUUUAUUUUACUUUUUCUUCUCUAACUUCAGUCGGUUUUGGUAACGUGAGUCCAAAUACAAAUAGUGAAAAGGGAUUACGUAUAACAUGGCUUGAUGAAUUAGCACGUACAUCAGGUCAAUCUUAUAAUUGUACAUCAAUAAUAUCUAUAAAUGAAACUAUAAAUUCAAAAUCUUGUUUUGGUGGACCUAAUCUUCGUUCCAGAUAUAUAACAGCACUUUAUUUUACAUUUUCAUCUCUUACAUCAGUCGGAUUUGGCAAUGUCAGUCCUAAUACAAAUAUGGAAAAAAUAUUUUCCAUUUUUGUUAUGUUAAUCGGAUCUUUGAUGUAUGCUAGUAUUUUUGGUAAUGUAAGCGCUAUUAUUCAAAGAUUAUAUUCGGGUACAGCGCGUUAUCAAAUACAAAUGUUAAGAGUAAAAGAAUUUAUUCGUUUUCAUCAAAUACCAAAUCCACUUCGACAACGACUUGAAGACUAUUUUAAUCAUGCAUGGAAUUAUACGAAUGGUAUUGACAUGAAUAUGGUGCUGAAAGGUUUUCCGGAAUGUUUACAAGCUGAUAUAUGUUUACAUUUAAAUAGUGUACUACUUAAAAAUUGUGCUGCAUUUAAAGAUGCUAGUGAGGGUUGCCUACGUACGUUUUCAAUGAAACUAAAAACAACUCAUGCACCACCCGGUGAUAUAAUAACACAUCGUGGUGAUAUUUUAACAUCAUUAUAUUUUAUUUCACGUGGUUCAAUUGAAAUAUUAAAAGAUGAUAAUGUCGUUGCUAUUCUUAGUAAAGAUGAUAUUCUUGGAGAAAAUCCUGUAUUAUAUAACGAACCAGGAAAAUCUGCCUACAAUGUUCGUGCAUUAACAUAUUGUGAUUUACAUAAAAUAUUACGCGAUGAUUUACUUGAAGUAAUUGAUAUGUAUCCUGAAUUUGCGCAAAGUUUUUGUCGCAAUUUAAAAAUAACUCUUACAUUACGUGAUGAAGAACUCGUUUCAAAAUCAAAUGAAUGUCGAUCAAAAUAUUUACCAAAUCCAAACAAUUUUCGAGGAAGUACAUGUUUUACUAAAACUGACGAUGAUAAUAUAUCAAUAAUGGCUCCACAUCAAUCGUAUUUUGAUGAAUAUCCUAGUGGAACAGGUAAAAUUACUAUAAAAGAGACAAACAAACAUGACAUACAAAGUCUAUUAGCUUUGAAAUUGAAUAUAAUUUAUAACUCGAAGAACCUUCAUUAA